AUGUCCUGCUACGAGCUGUGCCUGCCCUCCUCCUGCGGCCCCCGGCCGCUGGCCACCAGCUGCAACCAGCCCUGCCUGCGGCGCUGCGGGGACUCCACGGCCAUCAUCCAGCCGCCCACCGUGGUGGUCACCCUGCCCGGGCCCAUCCUCAGCUCGUACCCGCAGAGCACCGCCGUGGGCUCCACGGCGUCGGCGGCCGUGGGGAGCUACCUGCGCUGCUGCGGCAUCCCCGUGUGCUCCGGCGGGGCCCGCGGGCUCGGCAAGGCGGCGUUGCUGUGCCUGGGCAGCGGGCUGUAG